GCUUUUGUAAUUGAUCGAAUUCUUCCAUUCCUCGUGUGAGAGACUAUUUCCGACCAUGUCGCCGCCACAACAUUUCAUGGAACAGCUCGACCAAGAAAAGAGGUAUCCUGCUGCUACUCAGAAUCAGGAAAUCACGGACGAGACAACAAACUCCAAGGAUGGCUAUGACAAGGAAGCCCGAACGGUUGUCACUACUCUGGAUGAUUCCUCUGUCAAUUCUUCUCGAGAUCCGGCAAACACGCUCCCACCUGUGCCACUGCAGAUGAAGCUGCUUAGUGUACUAUUGGUUUCUUGCAUCGGCUUUGGAUCUCAGUGGAGCAGUGGUGUGUCCUCAGCCAUGAAAUCCACCAUGAAAAAGGAAAUGCACAUUAACAAUACCCAAUUCUCCCUCCUCGAAGCUAGCGAAGACUUCAUGUCCUCAGCUCUCAUCCUUCUUACGGGCAUCUUCACCGACCGUCUCGGCGGUACUGGUUGUAUUGUUUACGGCAACAUCAUCUAUACCAUCGGCUCCAUACUCAUCGCUGGCGCCGCCGAAACUCGCAGCUAUAAAUUCAUGAUUGUGGGUAGAGUGAUUGCGAGUUUUGGAGACAUUGCCACGCAAGUCGCGCAGUACAAAGUCUUUUCCAGUUGGUUCCCUCCUAGUCAUGGAUUUGCUAGUACGCUUGGAUUCGAAUUGGGCAUCAAGAAGAUUGGUGGGUUCGUUGGUAAAUCGACUGCCAACAUCAUCGCCAAGAACUGCGGUUUCUCGAGCGUCUUCUGGACAAUGGUCGGAAUGAACAUCUUUACAAACCUGGCAACAAUCCUUCUCUUCUUCCUCGUCCGCUUCUGCGAAAAACGCUACACUUCUAUCGCUGAUCCGGCUACUGGCGAAAAACUCACCGAGAAGAACAAGAAGGUCGACUUUAAAAAGGUGCUUGAGAUGCCAUGGCCUUUCUGGUGUAUGAUUGCCUUUACCAUUUUCCAAACUACCACUGCGAAUGUGUUUUCGCAAAACGCGACAGAGCUUGCUGAGCAAAGAUUUAAUGCCGAUUCUAUCACUGCUGGUUGGUAUACUGCUGUCUUGCAGUAUGCCGGGUUCUUCUUCGUGCCAUUGUUGGGUGUCUUUAUUGAUAUCUUUGGUCAGAGAGUUAGUGCUAUGGUUGUCUGUGGUGCUGGAUGCUUCCUUUCCAUGGCUUUGGUCUGUUGGGCUCCUUCUAUCAAGGGUACGGCUGCUGCAUUUGGCAUUUACGCAUUCGCCUUUUCUCUGGGCCCGACCGUUAUUAUCGAUGGUAUUAGGACGAGUAUGUGGCAUCAAGGUGCUUUUGGCACAGCUUAUGGCAUCAAAGUCACUAUCAACAAUGCCAUGUCCUGUAUCAUCCGCAUCCUCACCGGCGUAAUUCAAGACGCAGACAACAACUCAUACCACCGCGUCGUCCGCGUCUAUGCCUUCUUCGGCUGCGCCUCUCUCGUCGUCUCCCUGGCCAUCCUCACCCUGUCAUUCCUCUCCCCUGAUCUUGGCCGUCUGCAAUGGUCUCGUAAGAAGAGAGUUGCAAUGGGGGCUUUCAUCCAAGAACGACUCCAGAGAUUCGAGACGGUGACGAAGCAGAGGAACAAGAGGAUCUCGGUGGCGUGCUUUGGGUUCACUAUGUUGGUCAUGCUUGGAGGGUGGACCGCUUACUUCUGGGGUGUGGCUACUGGAAACAACAAGUAAAUGGCUUGGAUUAUGGAUAUUACACAUAUACGGGUUCCGGUGGAGGUCGAGGUUUGAUGUCUAUCUGAAAAAAGGUUUGUAUGAUUAUGAUGAUUUUUUUUAUCUUCCGUACUGCUUCCUGGAG